GCGGAAGGCGGGUUGUUGGUGGCCGAUGACGGUGGUGGUGGUGGUGGUGAUGUGGAGUGAUGGCCGGCCAGACUGUGGGAGCGAUUCUAUUUGACUUGGACAACACUCUCAUCGAAACGACUAAAGCUGGGGGAGUCGCAAUUCAGAAGACCAGCGAGCUCUUGAGGACGGCGCUCGGCCUUGAUGAUGCCACCAUCAGCAGCAUUUGCAACAAAUUCAAGCAGAAGCUGCUACAGGAGAACUUUGACCCUUUGAGCGGGCGGCCAUUGGAUGACACCCGUGUGCGUCACUGGGAGGAGAGCAUCGAGGAGACUUUGGGAAGUCUCCCCAGGCGCUCUCUGGGAGCCGAGUGCUAUUAUUUAUGGAAAAAGAGCCGCCUGGACGCUCUCUCUCUUUCUCCUGAAGUGCGUGACCUCUUGCGCCGACUGCGCUGCCGAUACAAGUUGUUGCUUCUGACCAACGGGGAAGCUCGGAGUCAACAGGAGAAAGUGGACGCGGUCCAAUGCCAGGAGUUCUUUGAUGCCAUUGUGAUAGGGGGGGAGCAUGCGGAGCAGAAACCCUCCGUCUCCAUCUUCACGCUGUGUUUCAACAGGCUCGGCGUGGAGGCCCGGGAGUGCGUGAUGGUGGGGGACUCUCUGGACACGGACAUUCAGGGGGGCUUGAACGCUGGAGUGCGAGCGACUGUGUGGGUCAACAGUGGAGAGAGUGAUGCGGUGUUAGACGGCUCCGUGAGGCCGCACUUCACCGUCUCCUCUGUUCUGGACCUGCCACGCGUUCUGGACCAACUGGAAUAAAGAUGUGGCGGUGGAAGCGCGUCAAACUCCCAUUCAUCUGCAAUAAUAACCAAAUAUAUAGUCAGGGGGAAUAAGCCUAAACCUUGGCAUUUGCCCGUGAGAGGCAGCAGCUUGCUGAUUGGAAUGGAAAACUGUCAUUAAGCAGUUUGGGUAAGCAUGACUGUAGUGUGUCUGUGGUGAAGUGGCCCAACGUUUGAAUCUAUGAAGGGUUUAAAAAGAGAUACAAGCAGUUUAGCCCUCAGUGGUCUGUGAACCUAGGCGGUUAUGCCAGUACCAUCAGCUGUUUAAUGACGUAGGAAUGACCCCCCCCCCCCCCCCCCCCCAUUGUUUUAUUCAUAAUUUAAGGAGAAGUUUUCAGUUUACAAAUGUUUGGUUUUAAACAAGUUUGCAUACAGUUCAAUGGAGUUUGAGUGGUUUUUAGACAUUCUUCAAAUGGUUCUGACCUUUUAUCUAUUGUGGAUUCAUAUAUUUUGAUCUGGUCAUAAAAGACAAACACUAGUUGAUCUCAUUUUUUGUUCAUUUUCCAACUAUUCUAAGAAAUAAAGAGCUGGACCUUUUAUUUCUCUUUGACCACGA